CUGUUUGCGACGUUCUUCGUGGCAUGUGAAGUCCAGAGAGCGUCGCAAACAGUUCCCCAAGCAUGCUAGCCGUCUUGGGAAGCGAAGACAUACGCACAGCCACAGCCCCGGAGUGGCUGAGACAGGAUCCGCGUGUCGUGGUCAUUCGUUGUGGCGUUUUCCAACUGCAACGUCAUUGCAGUCGUUGCCCAAGGCCCCUCGUUUCAACACCACGUCUCCUCAUAAACAACUCCUUUGCCUGACCACACCACUCAUCCACAUCACACAUUACACAAGACACGCACCUUUUUCCUCGUCCAAUCCCACACUCAACUAUCAAACUUUAUCCCCCCAUCUCGUAGUCAUGGCCACCACAGUCCACGUCGAGAACAUCUCCAGCCAGACGAGCGAGAAGGAAGUCAGAGACUUCUUCAGCUUCUGCGGCAAAAUCUCUUCCCUCUCCGUCACCCCCACGGCAGACUCCCAAUCCGCAACCGUAACCUUUGAAAAAGAGACGGCCGCCAAAACCGCCCUCCUCCUCGACAACACCCAGCUCGGCCCCACCGCCGUCUCUGUGACCUCCGCCAAGUCCAUCGAUCAGAUUGCCGCCGGCCAUGUCACGACCGAAGACGCUCUGGAGAAAGAGCACGAGCACGAGCUCGAACAGGAAGAUAAGCCCCGCUCCCGCAUCGUCGCCGAGUACCUCGCCCACGGCUACGUCAUCUCCGACAACGCCAUCGAACGCGCCAUCGCCCUCGACAAGCAGCACGGCAUCAGCACACGCUUCACUUCGGCGCUGAAGCAAUUCGACACCAAGUUCAAGGCGACGGAGAAGGCACAGGCGGUCGACACGAAGCUGGGUGUGACAGAUAAGGCAGUUACGGGAUGGCGUGGCAUCAACUCUUACUUCGAGAAGGCGCUGGGUACGCCCACAGGCCAGAAGAUCGCGAGUCUGUACACCGAGGGGAACAAGCAGGUCGUGGACGUGCAUACGGAGGCAAGACGUCUGGCGGAUCUGAAGAAGCAGCAUGCAGCUGGCACGACGGGUGAGAAAUCGUCUGUGGAGGAGGCUGGCGUGCAUGAGGUGACCGAGGGCAAGACGGGCGCCAAGGAUGAGAGCGAGAAGCCCGCUGCUUCGGCCUCGACCUGAGGUCGAGUAGAAUCGGGAUAGGUUUCAGGGAGUUGGCGGCGAGGCGAGGUACAUGGGUCGGGAUGGGUUGGUUUCUUUGGUCUCCUUUACGAAAGUGACGAGGAAUGAGCUUGAUGGAUGAUCGAUACCAUUGGUUAGGGGGUUUACCUAGUAGCACGCAAUACCUAGUC